CUGAGGUUUGCUAAGCAAAAAUGUCUGCCUAAGGGAAACUCGCAAGUUACAUUCAGGGAAUAUUUUGUAAAUUAUUGUUGCAAACACCGUGAUCGCAAACUCUGCCCGCUGAGAAGAAGGAAAACAACGCUUCCAUUUCCACAUCCGAUCGCCCUAGUUGGAUUUUGCAACGGGAAAGGUUUAGUUAAGGACCGCAAGAAUGAACACUCAGCAGCGGAUUGCCGCUAUUGGAACAGACAAGGAAUUGAGUGAUCUGCUGGAUUUUAGCGCGAUGUUUUCUCCACCGGUAAACAGUGGGAAAAACAGGCCAACCACCCUGGGGAGCAGCCAGUUUAGCGCAUCAGGUAUGGAGGAGAGGACGAGCCAGGCGUCCUGGGCCGCAGGUGGCCAGUCCAGCCCCUCCUACGAGACCUCCAGGGGUUUUGCAGACAGCCCUCAUUAUGGUGAUCAGCUGAGUGACAGUCGAUUAGUGUCCCAUGAAGGAUUGUCCCCGACACCUUUUAUCAACUCCGGCAUCAUGGGUAAAUCAGAGAGGCCUCCGUUCUCCACGUACGGGCGACAGCCGGGAGUUUCGGGGUGCCAGUCGGCACUACGCUCAGACAUCGGACUGGCAAGUCCCAGGCCAGUGAGCACACCUGGAAAGACCACUGCGCCCUUCUUCCCUUUCUCAGCAGCCAAUCCAAGGAGGCGGACCCUCCAGGACUCUUCUCCCAUCGAUGCUUUGCAAACAAAGAAAGUCCGGAAGGUUCCACCUGGAUUACCCUCAUCUGUUUAUGCACCGUCUCCAAACUCGGAGGACUUUAGCAGAGAUUCUCCCACGUUCCCACCAGCCAAGCCUCCCAGCAGCAUGUUUGCAAGCACUUUCUUCGAUGGGACCCAAAACUCCUCUGACCCCUGGAGCUCAUCCAAUGGGAUCAGCCAGCCCGGCUACGGUGGAAUUCUGGGAGGUUCCUCAUCUCACAUGUCGCAGCCGGGAAACUACGGCAACAUGCACUCGCACGACCGCCUGACCUACCCAGCGCACUCCGUCUCCCCGACAGACAUCAACCCCAGUCUUCCUCCCAUGUCCAGCUUCCACCGUAACAACGCCAGCACUUCACCCUUCGUCAGCGCGUCGCACACUCCGCCCGUCAACGCCACGGAGAACGUCAUGGCAGCAGCGGUAGCUGCAGCCGCCGCCGCCGCCGCAGGGACCCGGGGGAACAGCACUGGAAACUCACAGACUGGAGAUGCGCUUGGGAAGGCCCUGGCUUCAAUUUAUUCACCUGAUCACACCAACAGCAGUUUUCCAUCAAACCCGUCUACGCCUGUGGGAUCUCCAUCGCCUCUGGCAGGAGCAGCGGGCGCUCCAGGCACGACUGGCACAGCAGGCACCAACCAGUGGUCCAGAGCAGCCGGACAGGCUCCCUCCUCCCCCCCCUACGAGAGCUCCCUGCACUCGCUGAAAAAUCGAGUUCAUCAGCAACUUCAUGAGCAUCUGCAAGAUGCCAUGUCCUUCUUAAAGGAUGUCUGUGAGUCUCGGAUGGAGGACCGUCUGGACAGACUGGACGACGCCAUCAAUGUCCUACGAAACCAUGCAGUGGGCUCGACCACCAGUCUGCCCAGUGACAUACACAGCCUCCUGGGACAAGCGCACAAUGGGCCAAUUGCAGCCAUCGGAGCAAACUUCCCUGCAUCGGGAUUGGUCGCCAGUCGAACAGCAUCGAUGGUUGGAGCUAACCGGGACGAAGCCACCAGCAAUCACACCGGGCUGCCUGGUGCAGGCCCCAAUGCCAGCUCUGACCUGAACCACCAGGCCGACAUCUUCAGAGGUCUGGCGGGUGGGCUGGCCGGUAAAGUAGCGGCUGCCCUGGAGCUGAAGAUGGAAAGCCAGGACAAGGACGACAUGCAUGACAACCACUCCUCUGAUGACCUCAAGUCUGAUGACGAGAGCGAAAAAAGGGACAUCAAGACCCCCCGAGGGGGAACGCGAACAAGCAGCAUCAAUGAGGACGAGGAUCUGAACCCGGAGCAAAAGGCGGAGCGUGAGCGGGAGAGGAGGAUGGCCAACAACGCACGUGAGCGGCUGCGGGUUCGAGACAUCAAUGAGGCCUUCAAGGAGCUGGGCCGCAUGUGCCAGUUGCACCUGAAGAGCGAGAAGCCGCAGACCAAGCUGCUUAUCCUGCACCAGGCCGUGGCUGUAAUAUUGAGCCUAGAACAGCAAGUCAGAGAACGGAACCUGAACCCAAAAGCAGCCUGUCUUAAGAGGAGGGAAGAGGAGAAGGUGUCCAGUGUGUCCGCAGAUCCCCAGCAGGGACACCCGGCGGUCCAUGGCCUAACUGACGCAUCCAACCCUAUGGGCCACCUCUGAGGAGCAGCCAGACCCACAGGAUCCGGAGCAGUUCUGUAUGACAUGGUGGGCUCCUUUACUUCCCAAGGACAGGCAGGACUCACAAUUUGUGACACAGAUCUGAAAAGACACACCACUUGAAACAAGAAUAAAUAAAUACAUUUCAAAGAAAGCAAUCUCAAGAUUGGGAAAAAAUGACCCUACUGGCGACCCCCCAACUCCCUGUGAACACUCCCAGCCAUGAUCAGAGAACUUCUGCCCAUGUGUGCACUCCAGCACGUAUCGUUCCGUUUGCAAGCAGCGUGUCGUCUGAACAAUCAGAAACUGUGGCGAUCCUCUCAGCUCUCCAGGUGGAAAGUUGACUUGUGCCUAAACUGAAUUUGACGAAUGCAUUGUAACCACAAUUGUUUCUUUUUUUGUUUGUUGCAUUUUAUUUAUUUUGUUACUGAGGUAUAACUAAGUCUGUGUCUAAAGGGAAAGUAAUUGCAUUGUUUUUGUGGUUGAUCUGUUUUCAGUUGACCUACAGUUUGCCUACAAAGCCCCUACUCCCCUCGCCAGCUAGCCCUAAACUUAGUCUGAACACAGCAGUUCAGGCACCAGAAAAGUGCAGUCACUAAUUUAUGUUGCUUAUGUCCUUCCUAAAAUGAAACAUUUCUUAAUUUUUACAUAUAUAAUGUAUAUAUUAUCAGAUAUAUUUUUUAAAUUAUAUGUAUACACUCUGCAGCCACUUGAUUAGGUGCACCUACCUAGUACAGGGUAGGAACCCCUCUUGCCCCCAGAGUAGCCUACAUUAUUUGCGGCAUGGAUUCAACAAGGUGCUGGAAACAUUCCUUAGGGAUUUUAGUCCGUCCUGAGUCGAUGGCACCAUGCCGUUCCUGCUGAUUUUUGCUGCGAACAGCCUGUUCCACCUUAUCCCAAAGGUGGAUUGAGAUCUGGGUUAUUUGUGGGCCAUUGGAGUAAACUAAAGUCACGGCCAUGUUCAUGGAACCAAUUUGAGAUGAUGUGUGCUUUGUGACAUGGUGCAUUAUC